AUGGUGAAAGCUUGCCUUUCUGAAGUCAACUUUGGUAUAGCACGCCCUCUUGGAUGCCACAAUAUCACACCGAGUCUUCAAUCUCUAAGUCCUCAUGAGCUCCUAGUCUCCACGAUGCGUCCUGAAGCGUGUGGUCUCCAACCCGGCGGUAGUCAAGUUCCUCAGAGGAGUCAAGACGCGCUGCGAGCACUCUAUCAUGAUGUGCAUGCACAUGGACGGACCCUUCGGCUGGGGUUGCAUGCAAAACCCCUGAGCGAACAAGGGCUGCCCCCCAACGCGAAAAGAGAUCAAUCCAGACGUGCCAUCGGUCUCGCUCUCUUGGAGGAGCCCUACAAGGCUAAACUGAUUACCAUCGUGGGCAGGGGAGUAAUUAGCACCCUGCUUCGUCGUGCAGGGGCGCGAUUCAGGGACCUUGCGUGGGGGUUCAACCUGUCACGUCCCUUUUGCAUCGCUUCUUCAUACGGCUCAGGUGCUGCUGCUGUGGCAGUCUGCGCGAGCCACGCGGUCUCCAACUACUGUGAGCUUCGCACUGCUAUCAAGCGAAAGACUGAUCUAGUACAAGUAGAAGCAAGCAUGAGCAUGCCUAUAGUCACAGCAUCGGGCGUAUAG